AUGGAUAGUGCACCAAGCGUCUUCGACCUGGUGGCAUUGAGUCUCAAGAUGAGUCGGACGACUGCAAUUAAGUCGAGGCUUGCAUCAAAACGGAGAAGCUCAGUACGUCUAUGUCAGCAUGGUGCGCUCGGUGAAGCGUAUUCCACAGACCCUUCACCGCGCACAUAUGCAUCUGCGACGCUUAUUGACAACGACGAAGGAGGCAUGCAUCACAUUGAGAUGUAUACUCUGUAUUUAAGACGUUGCGCGGUGGUGUCGGCACCCGUGAUGCUGGCUCCCCGUCGGCGAUUGGCCGCCAACGCCGCAGCAAUCUUCUGCGCGUUAUUGUCCAGACACUCCACCAGAUCUUGUACGCGCGAUAUCUCGUCGGGCACCUCUGCUUUCUGUACCUUUAGCUGGUUCAGCAGCGCCUGGGCGCCCGUGAUAGGGAAGAACAUGUCGGCGGAUCUGUUCGCGGACUGGAAGAAGGAGGAGGAAACCUUCAGCGGCGGCGGGAUCGAAGGGGGAUCGGGAGGGGCCGUGUAUGAGUCUCCAUAUGGCGCAGGGGCGGAUACGUACGGCGGCGAUCGCAGUAGCAAUGACGACUUCGAAUUUGAGACUGUGGGCGAUGAGGAUCAGGCCAAGAACAAGGAGGAAGAGAAACCCAUGUUCGAGUUGCGUGAGCAUGGACUAAAAGUAUCUCGUCGCAGAGGCUUCACGCUCUGCUGUAUGGGCGUGGGCAAUGGAGUUCUAGCUAUGGGCUCCCUGGAGGGAAUGUUACUCCGCUGUACUUCUGAGGCCACAGACAGCUCCGGCACCAUCGAGGAGAUCAUGAUUGAGCCGCGUGUAGCCAUGUCCAACGUGUUCAUCGAUCCUACAGGCGCGCACGUGCUUAUUUCAAUGGAAAAUGGCUCCAAUUUCUACCUGCACACGGGAUCUACACGUCCCAAGAAGAUCAUGAAGGCUCAAUCGUUGCAGUUCACCAGUGUAGCAUGGGACCGCCAAUCCGGAUCUCCGGAAGCUUCCGAACCAAUUCUCAUUGGUACAGACUCGGGCGCAGUGUUUGAAGCGGAAUUCGACGGAGGCAAGGAGAAAUCCUGUAAGAAAGUGUAUCAGAUCUCGAAUCAGGGACCAAUUGCCGGCAUUGGCUUUGAGCACUGGAAGUUACCGUCCGGAGAAUUACGGUACUAUGUCAUGUUGACCACUUCGGCGUCGGGAAAGAGACCGACGCGUAUGUUCCAGUUCAUUGGCGGCGGCUCUGGUGGCUUAGAGACCAUGUUUAGUGACUACACAAGUCCAGAUAAGCUGCGGUUCCAGGAACUUCCAGGGGAUAUUACUACGGCAGAACUCCGGUUCUAUGCCAAGCAGGAACGUGAACGUGCCAAGGGCUUUGGUGUGCUAACAGGUGAAGGUGUGUACCAUGGCGACUUUGUGUUCGGGCUGUCCAGUACGAUGGAGAAUGUGACGACAGGGACGGGUCUGUUGGCAUAUCCUGGUAAACCUGAGAAGUCAUCGGGUAGUCGAGGCUCCUGGGCGCCUCCGAUUUCGAUGGCAGUGACGCAGUACCAUGUCAUUUUAUUGUUUGCACGCCAUGUUCAAGUGGUGUCCAAGUUGAGUGGCGUGGUGGUGAUGGAGGAGUCGUUUGACUCCCGUGUGGGCAAUGUGCAUGGGAUUACAGUGGAUGACACGUACAAUACGGUGUGGAUCCACUCGAAUCGGCGUAUCUUGGAAGUGAUGAUCGCUGAUGAAGACCGUGACGUGUGGAAACUAUUUCUAAGUAAAGCCGUGAUGGGCAACGGUGACGACCGCGACUUUGAACAAGCAUUGGGUGUCUGUCGUAAUGGUUGGGAACGUCAACGUGUGCUGACGGCACAGGCAGACAAGUUGUUCGAGAAGGGAGAGUACGAUCGUGCAGCUGUCAUCUACGCAAAGACGACACGUUCCUUUGAAGAAGUAGCGUUGAAAUUUUUGGAAAAGGAGACGCGAGAUUCAUUACUUCUCUUCUUGUUACAGAAACUGAAGAGCUUAGGAGGAGACGAGAAGACACAGAAGACGGUGCUGUGUUCUUGGAUCGUGGAGCUCUUCUUGGACAAGUUUAACGUGCUUAAAGGCAGUGCCCAAGAUGUGGAUGCACACGCUAAUCUGCUUUUUGAGUUCAAGCAGUUCCUGCAAGACCAGAAGAGCCACCUCGACCCAGCCACGACGUUCAACUUGAUCUCCAGUCACGGUCGACCGGAUGAGCUUGUGUUCUACGCAACUCUCAUUGAAGAUUACGAGAAAGUGAUCACGUAUCACGUGGAUCGUGGCGAGUAUGGAGCUGCUAUUGAGUUGCUACGUAGUGUGGAGACGUCCAAGGUGGAGGAGCUCUGGUACAAGUAUUCUCCCGAGCUCAUCAUCCACAAGCCUAAGGAAGUGUACGAAGCUUGGCUUGAAGCUGCCACGUUGAACCCGACACGUCUCAUCCCGUCAAUCGUGCGUCAUGUGCACCAGAAAAGCGGCGUGGGUGGCGAUCCGUCUAGCAACACUACAAAGAACCGCUCGGUACUGGAUAUGGCUAUCCGCUUCUUGAAGUUCGCCAUCAAACAAGGCAACCGCGACCCCACUAUCCACAAUUACUUGUUGUUCUUGUUGGCCAAGCACCCGGACGAGCGCCUACUCAUCAGCUUCUUGCGCAAGAAACACAACGGCAAGCAUCUAUUCGACAUUGCCUUUGCUUUGCGUCUUUGCACGCAGAACGAGAAGAACCGCGCGUGUAUCUACAUCUACUCAGCCAUGGGACUGUAUCAAGACGCAGUGGAGAAGGCGCUGCAAGUGGAUGUGAAGAUUGCGAAAGAGAUGGCCAGUAUGCCCGAGGAUGACGAGACCCGUAAGAAACUGUGGACGCUGAUCGCCAAGCACACGAUUGAUGCUGGCGGAGAGAUCAAGGACGCCAUGAGCAUCCUCAAGGAGAGUGGCUUGCUGAAGAUCGAGGACAUCCUGCCUUUCUUCCCGGAUUUCGUGCUCAUUAACGACUUCAAGAAGGAGAUCUGCGAGUCUCUUGAGGUCUACAAUGACCGUAUCGAACAGCUGAAGGAAGAGAUGCAAGACUACACUCAGUCCGCCGAGUUGAUCCGUACGGACAUGCAGAAGCUGCGGAAGCGAUGUGCUGUUGUGUCAGGCAAUCAACGCUGCGAGCUGACUGGCCAGAAUAUCUUGGGUAAGGAGUUCUACCUCUUCCCGUGCUCUCACGCUUUCCACGCGGGGGCGUUGCGUCAGGAGAUGCAGAAACAUCUCAACAGUUUCCAGCGCCAGACAGUGAAGCAGCUGAUCCAGAAGCUCAAUGAGCUGUCCACAGAGAUGCCGACAAGCACCAAUUUCUUCCAGAGACCGCUCGCUGCCUUCUCGUUCCUGAACUUGUCGUCGAGCGAGAAGGAGGUCAUGACUCCUGGAGCUGAAGGAGGCAAUCCUGCGGCGACGGCCAAGGCCAAGAAUGCUGCGAAGGAGCAGUCUAUCGCUCAGGAGCGUGAGAUGGUGCAGCAGAAGCUGGACGAGAUCAUCGCGUCCGAGUGCAUUUUCUGCGGCGAGGUGAUGAUCAAAUCCAUCCACACACCUUUCAUCACACCGGAAGAUGAAGCCAGCGAGGGCAGCGAAUGGACCAUCUGA